UGUUUUUUUGGGAAACUCGUUUAAUACAACUCGCCCUCUUCCUCUUCCUCGGAUUACUGCGUUUACCACUCGCCGCCCCGCUACAUCGCCUAAGUUGCCUUCGCCGCCGCUCCGAUGGAAACCGCCGCGCCGGCGCGCGUCCAAGCCCUCGCUGAGACCGGCGUGUCCCGCCUCCCGGCGCAGUACAUCCAGCCGCCUGAGAACCGCCCGACCCCCUCGCCCUCCCCCGUUGCCGCCGCGGUUUCGGUCCCGGUAGUUGACCUCUCGUCCUCCACCGCCGCCGACGCCGUCAGCGCCGCGUGCGCGGACUGGGGUGCCUUCCACGUGGUCGGCCACGGCGUGCCGAGGGAGCUCCUCGACGCGGUGCGCGAGGCCGGGCUCGCCUUCUUCCGCGCGCCCAUGGGGGACAAGCUCCGGUUCGCCUGCGACCCGGCCAGGGGCGCCGCCGCGGAAGGGUACGGCAGCCGCAUGCUCGCCAACGACGACUCCGUGCUCGACUGGCGCGAUUACUUCGACCACCACACGCUCCCGGAGUUCCGCCGUGAUCCCGCCCACUGGCCCGAUUUCGUCCCUGGUUACAGGGAUACUAUUGCAAAAUACAGCAACAGCAUGAAGAAUCUUGCUCAAAAACUGCUGUGCAUCAUCUCAGAAAGUCUGAGCCUACCACCAUCUUAUAUACAAGAGGCGGUUGGAGAAGUUUACCAGAAUAUUACUAUUAGCUACUAUUCUCCUUGUCCACAACCUGAUCUUGUUCUUGGGUUACAAUCUCAUUCUGAUAUGGGUGCAAUGACACUUCUGAUACAAGAUGAUGUUGGUGGGCUCGAGGUAUUGAAGGAUGGAAUGUGGAUAGCUGUGCCUGCUUUGCGUGAUGGCAUCCUUGUGAUUCUGGCUGAUCAGACAGAGAUCAUCACCAAUGGAAGAUACAAGAGUUCAGUUCAUCGAGCUGUUGUCAAUGCUGAGCGUGCCCGCUUAUCAGUAGCAACAUUUUAUGAUCCAUCAAAAUCAAGGAAAAUAUGCACUGCCCCACAGCUUGUGAGCAAGGAUGAGCCACAAAAGUAUCGGGAUGUAAUUUAUGGUGACUAUGUCUCAUCUUGGUAUAGCAAAGGUCCAGAGGGCAAGCGAAACAUUGACGCCCUCCUGAUUCAGAAGUAGAGCCAUAGGUGCCUUAAAACAGGAUUGGGCCACUCAUCAGUGUUCUAAUGCAUGUCCAACAUAUCAGUUUCCAACCAUAAUCUAUGAAGAUAAGUAAACGAACUUGUAUACUGGAUGCAGUGCAAUAAAGAAAAUUUUCAUUGCCAA